AGCAUGAGAUCCUGUCACCGCCUUUUGGGGGUAACCAGACCCCGCCCCUCCUCUCUAGAAUUUUCCCCACCAUCUUCUGCCCUCUUCGGAUCCUCCCCGUUGACCGCUAGCCCGAGGAAAAAUGGCUAGCAAAAGAAUUCAGAAGGAGCUUCAAGAUUUGCAGAGAGAUCCUCCGACGUCAUGCAGUGCUGGACCUACGGGGGAGGAUCUAUUCCACUGGCAGGCAACUAUAAUGGGCCCUGGAGACAGCCCUUAUGCUGGAGGGGUGUUCUUUAUUAUGAUCCAUUUCCCUCCUGAUUACCCUUUUAAGCCUCCCAAGGUCAGCUUCCAGACAAAGGUUUACCACCCAAAUAUCAACUCAAAUGGCAGCAUAUGCCUUGAUAUCCUGAAGGAGCAAUGGAGCCCAGCUCUGACAAUAUCCAAGGUUCUCCUUUCCAUCUGCUCUCUUCUCACUGAUCCAAAUCCAGACGACCCUCUUGUUCCUGAGAUCGCUCACAUCUACAAGAACCAGAGGACUCGAUACGAGGAAACAGCCAGAGCCUGGACCCAGAAAUAUGCCAUGGGCUAACAACUGAAAAGAGCCACGUCAAAGUGGCACAAUGUGUAAAUUAUACAACUUAAAAUUCUCAUAUUUUACUUUGAAGUGCAUGGUUUGUUCUCUUUGAACACAAUCACCAGUGUUCAACACUACUGUAUCCGUGUUGUUUUGCUGUGCUUGCUUUAACUGAGUGGGCUUUUUGUAUUUUGUAUUUUGAUGACAUGCGGGCUUCUUUAUGUUAUGAAAUUUUAUGUUCUUGUUU